GAAUCAUUAACUAUUUUAGAUAAAAUAAAUAGCGCUCAGGAAUUGGCGGUUGGCCUGCCGGCUCUAAAGAUUUCUACUACACUGCCUUCACAAACGGAGCUACGUGGUUAGAUACUUCUUCAAUCCCCUGCACGGUUCAUCGGAAACACCGUUCAGUUGCAAGUUUGCUGGGAUAAGCAACGUGUCAGUACCACUGCAGUUCGGACGAAAUGCAGUGUGAAUAUCGCGCUCGUUGUCUCGAGAUCAAUUGGGUACACCAAAUCAUAUAAAUGCAUCACAAAACUAUGAUGUUUUUUCAUCGCCCAUUCGUGCUCCACUCCUAAGUUUUUCAAGUUUCUUCCCAUUCAUCACAAUGGGUUCUAUCAUUGCCAGUAACAUCACGCAUGUAGUUGUUCAUGCCAUGCCAGCUGCAUGGGGUCACAACAAGCCCCUCUGUGCACUUGUCGUCCAUAUACUCGAAGACCAUCCAGAAAUUGUGGUGACUUAUUUCACUGCUUCUGGCAUUUACUCCAAAAUCAUCGCCGAGCUCAAGCGCUUGGAACCAGCCAGAUACGCAGCUAUUGAAUCACGUAUGAAUAUCAUUGACAUUGCAGGACCAGACUUUGAUUUUCUAAAACCAUUGGAUACAUUCGAGUCCAAUUUCCAAGCGCUCUACUCUUCAAGUCAUGUCACUUGCCUGACUACGAAGAAAACCAUCAAUGGUCUUCCACGCCCAACAUUGGCCAUUAUAGACCCCUUUACUCCGUAUGCGUUCGAAUCCAUUCGCAAAACAGCUGGACAAAGGGUUUCUAUUCUUGCUUGGUGGACUUCAAAUGCCGGAUCUCUGCUUCGACUGCUUGGGCCAGCUCACCUAGGUGGCGUUGCGGAACCGGCGCUCGAGACCAGUGAGGGACGUGCAGAGAUGAAGGAAAAGAUUUUUGCUGGAGAACAUAUCAAGUGGCAUGAAUUCGUCGGGAAGGUUGUUAACAUCCCAGGUAUCGGUCCUUCUUAUGACUAUGAAUGGUUCCCUCAACAGACUGUGAUCACGAAUUUAGCCGCUGUAGCUGAAAAAAAUGGCACCAUCUACAUUCGUGAAGCAGACGGAGUCAUUUGUGUUUCCGCUGCUUCUUUUGAGCCAGAGGUUGAAGCUGUGGUAAAAGAGUGGUUUGCUUCAAUGAACAAAGCAUGGUACACUGUUGGACCAUUGUCCAUCCAUUCCCCCACUGUAAAUUUGAAACCUCUUCAGACAAAGAGUGAAACAGAUAUUUUGGUGGAGGCUUUCUUAAACCGGAUUCAAAAGGAAUUCGGUGCUAAGUCACUCUUAUAUAUGUCUUUUGGGACCGCUUGGUGGCCUGAGCAAGAUGAUCGAGUCUGGGCUGUCAUUGACGGACUUAUUGAAAAACGACAACCAUUCCUGUUCUCCCACCCAUCCCCAUUCAUGCACUUCCCAAACGAGGUUAAGAAGAAAAUUGAUGCCAGUGGAAUAGCACUGGAGCUUAGCUGGUCUCCUCAAGAGUUAAUUCUUACCCAUCCUGUCACUGGAUGGUUCCUUACCCACGGCGGAUGGAAUAGCAUGCAGGAAGCUUUCACGCAUUGCAUCCCUAUGAUAUUUUGGCCGUUCCACGCUGAUCAACCUUACACUGUUAUGCGCAUGUUGGCUCUAAAGGCAGGAAUUGAACUUAUUGAAGUGCGGACUGGAAUUGUUGGAGCGCGUAUGCCUUACAAAUGCGAUGAACUACCAGCUUUCACGCCAGAGUCAGCCAAGGCCGAGAUUCUAAGCGUUGUUGAAAAGUUAAAAGGGGAAGAAGGACUCGUAAUAAGACAAAACUUUGAAGCUGUUGCGCGCACAGUAGGAAAGGCUUGGGAUGCUCCUGACGGGGAGUCAAGAAAGAAUUUUCUAGCAAUGUUGAAGAAGUUCCUAUAAUUUCUUAAUUAGGCCAUGUCAAGUAGGAUCGAGAAAUUCAUAAUGUAUAGUUCGAACCAGGUUAGAACACAGCUCUCUGAUGUUUCAUGGUACAUUAUUGACCAAACG